AUGACACCCAUCGAAGGCGACGCGUUAGUCGCGGGCCUGAAAGAUUCGAAGUUCAACGACAUGGCGAGCCUGCUGGGUCAGAUCCCCGCCUCCGACUUGACUGGCUUCCUGAGUCUCCUUACGGGGAAUGUUACGCUUCUUCUUCCAAGUUCCAGUAAGCCGUCCCUGCCGAAUGAAGCCGUCAUGGUGUACUAA